AUGCUGGCUGUGCUGCUCGUGGGGCUGUGCGCGGCCUCGGCCGGUCUGUUCUCCGCGGUCAGCUGUUGCCCAUCACAGUGCAGCUGCUUCUACCACAACCUCAGCGACGGAUCCAAGGCCAGGAGUGUCAUCUGUAAUGACCCGGACAUGUCCCUGGUGCCAGUGGGCUUCCCCGUGGACACGUCCAAACUGCGGAUUGAGAAGACGUCCAUCCAGAGGGUCCCCAGUGAGGCCUUUAGCUCCCUCUCCAGUCUGGAGUUCCUGUGGCUGUCCUUUAACACUUUGUCCUCUGUGGCUGGGGACAGUUUCAGAGGGCUGCUGAGCCUGGAGGAGCUGCGUCUGGACGGGAACUCUCUGACGGUGUUUCCCUGGGACAGCCUGCUGGACAUGCCCAGCCUCAGACUGCUGGACCUGCAUAACAACCAGCUCAGCUCUCUGCCCCCGGAGGCCACCACCUACAUCCGCAACCUCACCUACCUGGACCUGUCCAGCAACAACCUGCUCACCCUGCCCCCCGAGGUGCUCAGCACCUGGCUGGCAGUGAGGCCCGCCCAGGGCCCGGAGAGCUCCAAGAUGAUACUGGGUCUCCAUGACAACCCAUGGGUGUGUGACUGCCGCCUGUAUGAGCUGGUGCAAUUUCAGAAGUCUCCGAGUCUGUCUGUGGCUUUCAUAGACACACGUCUCCGCUGCUCUGCUCCAGAGAGUGUGUCAGGAGUCCUGUUUAGUGACGCUGAGCUGCGUCAGUGCCAGCUGCCCCGGAUCCACACGGCUGUGGCACGAGUGCGCAGCGCCGCAGGCAACAGUGUACUGCUCCGAUGCGGCACCCUUGGCGUGCCCAUCCCAGACCUGAGCUGGAGCAGGGCUGAUGGACGACCUCUCAACGGCACAGUCCAGCAGGAAACAUCUAAGGAGGGCAUCACCUGGUCCAUCCUCAGUGUGCCCGCAGUGUCCUACCAGGACUCAGGGAAGUAUAUCUGCAAAGGCACAAACUACGCUGGGAGUGCAGAGGCGGUUAUCUCACUCCUUGUUACCAACUCAACCAAAGCAGAUGGAACCCAGUCAAACAAUGAGAGAAAAACAAAGAUGAAGAAGUCUGGUCCAAUGGGCAAAGCUGCUUACCAGGAGAAGCUGGUGGCCCGGUACGUGGUGCCCACCUCCACUGCACCCACUCUGCAGGCCAUGCAGUCAGGCAUCCCUCUGGGGCUGGGCUCAGUGCUGUCUGUGGACAGUUACAGUGUUGCAGACCAGGCCACACCUGCUCCUGUCACCACCUCCAACCCAGACACCCUCUUGGAGCUGGAGAGGACCAACCUUAGCAAUCUUUCUGCCAACACCUCCUCCCUCCAGCAGGACCCUGACAGGGUGGUCAAAGGAGUCAAAGUGGUGGGGGACACGGACAAUACCAUUUCUCUGAACUGGAGAGCCCCUAAGGCCAAGAACAGCACGUCAUUCAGUGUGCUGUAUGCAGUGUUUGGAGAGAGGGACAUGAGGAAGAUCAACGUCGGAGCAGGACAGACGCGGGUCACCAUCGAUGGCCUGGUGCCCAGGACCAAGUACAUCGCCUGUGUGUGUGUGAAGGGCCUCAUCCCCCGGAAGGAGCAGUGUGUGAUCUUCUCCACUGAUGAAGCAGCCAGUGCUACAGGCACACAGAGACUCAUCAAUGUGAUCGUCAUCACAGUGGCCUGUAUCAUUGCUGUCCCGCUCACUGUCAUCGUGUGCUGCGGUGCAAUCAAGAGGCGCAUCAAGAAAUACUGGGGCAAGAAGUCCAAAGACAUCCAGGACUCCUAUGUGACCUUUGAGACUCUGUCCCCUGGCACUAAGGCCAAAGGGCUGGAGGGAGAAUAUCUGAACAGACUGAACCCAGAGGAGUCCAACAGACUGCUGUCUGCUCGCUCCAGUCUGGACUCUGAGGCCACAGCCAAGAUAGAAGGACAGCCCAACGAGUACUUCUGCUGA